AUCAAAACAAACCGCAUUCAUUGGUGUUUUUGCGUUUUCCUCAUGUCGUUUGUGCAACGCGAAGGAAAAGUUUGAUAAUUUCCCGGAAAAAGUGCCGAAAACCGUAGAAAAUUUUGUUCCAAUAGUGAGAAGAGUGAUCAAGAAACACGCACCAUGCCGCGUAUCAUGAUAAAGGGUGGCGUUUGGCGCAACACCGAGGAUGAAAUCCUCAAAGCGGCGGUGAUGAAAUACGGCAAGAACCAGUGGUCGCGAAUCGCCUCGCUGUUGCACCGGAAGUCGGCCAAACAGUGCAAGGCCCGCUGGUACGAAUGGUUGGAUCCCAGCAUCAAGAAAACGGAAUGGUCCCGGGAGGAAGAUGAGAAGUUGUUGCAUUUGGCGAAGCUGAUGCCCACGCAGUGGCGGACAAUUGCGCCGAUUAUUGGCCGGACGGCUGCGCAGUGCUUGGAGCGGUAUGAGUAUCUGUUGGAUCAGGCCCAGCGGAAGGAGGAGGGCGAGGAUGGCUCGAUGGACGAUCCCCGGAAGUUGAAACCGGGGGAGAUUGAUCCGAAUCCGGAGACGAAGCCGGCGAGGCCGGAUCCGAAAGAUAUGGACGAGGAUGAGCUGGAGAUGCUGUCCGAGGCUAGGGCCAGAUUGGCCAAUACGCAGGGCAAGAAAGCGAAGAGGAAGGCACGGGAAAAGCAGCUGGAAGAGGCCAGGAGAUUGGCCGCUUUGCAGAAGAGAAGGGAACUCAGAGCCGCUGGAAUCGGGCUGGGGAACAGGAAGAGGAAGUUGAAGGGGAUUGAUUACAAUUCGGAGAUUCCGUUUGAGAAAACUCCGGCGGCGGGAUUCUACGAUACUUCAGAGGAGUUUGUGGUUCCGAUUGCGGCGGAUUUCUCGAGUUUGAGGCAGCAGCAGCUGGACGGGGAGUUGAGAACGGAAAAGGAAGCGAGGGAGCGUAAGAAAGACAAGGAGAAGCUGAAGCAGAAGAAGGAGAAUGAUGUUCCGUUGGCGAUGCUGCAGAAUCAGGAACCGGCCAAGAAGCGGUCGAAGUUGGUUCUGCCAGAGCCGCAGAUUUCGGACCAAGAGCUGCAGCAGGUCGUGAAGUUGGGGCGAGCAAGUGAGAUUGCCAAGGAAGUGGCGUCGGAAUCGGGAGUGGAAACGACGGAUGCCUUGCUGGCAGAUUACAGUAUAACUCCUCAGGUGGCGGCCACUCCUAGGACGCCUGCCCCGGUCACAGAUCGGAUCUUGCAGGAAGCUCAGAACAUGAUGGCACUGACUCACGUGGACACGCCUUUGAAGGGCGGCGCAAAUACCCCUUUGACUCAAUCGGAUUUCUCCGGAGCUCUUCCCCAGAGCCAGGUCGUUGCUACUCCAAAUACUGUGUUGGCCACACCUUUCCGAUCGACUCGCGGUCCAGAUGGAGCAGCUACUCCAGCAGGAUUCCUCACGCCGGGAUCUGGAGCGCUGGUUCCGGUCGGAGCUACACCUGGACAGCCGGGAGCGACCCCAAACUUUGUCCGAGACAAACUUAACAUUAACGCAGAGGAAACGAUGUCCGUGACGGAAACACCGGCCGCCUACAAAAACUACCAGAAGCAACUGAAAUCAUCUCUCAAAGAAGGAUUAGCGUCACUGCCCACUCCAAGAAAUGACUACGAAAUCGUGGUUCCCGAAAAUGAAACAGACGAACCAACGGAUGACGGCACCGGAGGCGAACCGAUGAUAGCAGAUCAAGCCGAUGUCGAUGCUCUCCGGAAACAGGAACAGCGUGCUCGUGAUGCCAAGGAGCUAUCUCUCCGAUCGCAAGUCAUCCAACGUGAACUUCCUCGCCCCCUGGAAAUCAACAUGACAGUUCUGCGCCCCUCAAACGAAAUGCACGGUUUAACCGAGCUGCAACGCGCAGAAGAGCUGGUCAAGCAGGAAAUGGUUAAGAUGCUCAACUACGACGCCAUCCGCAAUCCGGUGGUCAAUCCGCAGGCUCCGCCCGUCAAAAAGAAUCCCUUAACCCAGCAUCUCGCCUAUCUAGAACAGCACCCGUACGAUGACAUUGCCGAGUCGGAUCUCGAGGGUGCCAAGGACCUUCUCAAGGAGGAAAUGGGCGUCGUCAAGAGCGGAAUGGCCCACGGUGACCUAUCGCUCGAAAGCUACACCCAAGUCUGGCAGGAAUGUCUCUCCCAGGUCCUGUACCUCCCCAGCCAAAAUCGCUACACGCGUGCCAACUUGGCCAGCAAAAAGGACCGCAUCGAAUCGGCGGAGAAACGCCUCGAGAUCAACCGCAAGCACAUGGCCAAAGAGGCCAAACGUUGCGGCAAGAUCGAAAAGAAGCUCAAAAUCCUAACCGGGGGCUACCAGGCUCGGGCCCAGGCUCUCAUCAAACAGUUCCAGGACACCAACGAGCAGAUCGAGCAGAACAACUUGGCGCUUUCGACGUUCAAGUUCCUUGCCUCCCAAGAAGACCUAGCAAUUCCCAAGCGACUGGAAUCCCUAACGGAGGACGUGAUGAGGCAAACCGAACGCGAGAAGGCACUGCAGAAACGGUACGCACAGCUGACCGAAGAGUUCCGGGAGCUGUUCAAGGACGAGAUGGCGCCGCAGCCAGUUCAACAACAGCACCAGCAGCAACCACGUCAGCGUAGGCAGAAGCCGGAGCAAUCCCAGAGGAUGCAGAAUGGAAGGAAGGAGGUAGUGGAAGAGGAGGUUGAAGCGGAACAGCCACCACAGGUGGUAGUGGUGCAGCAAGAGGUUGUUGCGGAAAGGGAACAUCCGGAGGAAGAACAGGAGCAACAGCCGGAACAGCAGCAGCAGGAGGAGGAGGAGGAGGAGGAGGAGCAUUCUCAAAAGGAUGGGGAAGCGAUGGACUGUCAGAGGGAUGAUGAGGAACAACAGUAAGAGGGUUGAGGAGGAGACAGAUUACAACAUAGGAAUGCAUAAAUUUAUUAAGUCAACAAUAUUAUCGACUAUUUGAAAACAUUACUAAUAAAAUUAACGGAUCAAUAAAUGUUCACUUAGAAUUACUAAGUA